UAUUGCUCUGUCCACUGUAUCAUGUACUGAAUCGGAUGCACAUAAUGUAAAUUGGUAAAGCCUGUUUUCUUGUUUCUAUUUACUUCAAGUGCUAUGAAGCAAGUCAGAGGAAUGAAAAGUUGUCACAACAGCCCUGAAUUUGACAUUUGUUCCAUUUCUCACCCUGUAGCAUGUGGAGGCCUAUCUAUAUCCAACUGCUGAGUAUGGAGAAUAAAACCUGACUGCACGUUGUCUGGUCCACAUUUUAGCUUGUUUUCUUUGAAGAAUGUGCAAGGUGGAAAAAUAGAUGCUUCAGGCUCUGAUUUCAGCCCAUGCUGUGCUAUGCAAAUGUUCUCUACAUGCCUGAGUGACCUUUUUGAGAAAGAGCCUUUGUGAUCUUCUGCAGCCAGGGCCUGUUCUGGGAAUAGUGUGCCAGAUUUCUCUAAAAGUGGGAAAAGUGAAUCUGUUCAAAGACCAUAUUAAAAAGCCAGUGCUUUUCCUGGAUAAAUAACCGAUAAGUUCGUGUUUCUGCCUGUGUCUUGCCAGAGCUUUUGAAAUUUGCUCUGCAGUUUGUUUUGCUGGUUGAUUUGGAGAAUGAUGUGUGUGAGAGGGGACUGACUGAACCAAUUCCAUAGCUGGGAAAGUGUUUAAGUGCUUUUGAAUUGUAGAUAAAAAUAAAUUCAAACAGGCAUCAUUAGUGUCUGGGUGUUUAUCAAUGUCUUCAGGCUGCCUCUCCGUAAGUGCCGGCUGAGUAACUCGCAACCAGAUUUGUGAGGUUCUUUUUGUCCCAAAUUGUGCUCUAAUGAUUUGGCAUUUACAUUGGCUUCUGUUUGUUUUAUUAUUGUACCGAAUGAAAUAUAUCAUUAUUAAAAGUAUAAUUAAUUUUUUUAAUGUUGUAAAAGAAAUACCAUUCUGAUAUAUUUCUCUUGGAAAGUGAUACUGGUGUCACUUGAAGUCUUGGAGGUUCAUGACUUUUAAUACUUUUACUGAGAUGUUUACUUUGUAUAGCUGGAUAGUUUGUAUAGUUUGCCUAAUGGAUGAAAAAGAAUUUUCUCUUUCUCCCUUUCUCUUAAACCAGCUUUUUGAUAAGGAUCAUUAUAGGUUUGCACCAGAAUAAGGCUGUAGAGUUAAUCGUAAUAUUCUCCUGUAGAAAUUCUAAAAAUUGAAUUUUCAGAGAGCAUAGGUAGAAUUUGAAUGACUGGUUUACUAACUAGGCUCUUCCUCCUUCCCUAAGCAUAGGAUAAUUUUUUUCUCUAAAGAUGGUCAAUCUCUUAGGUAUGAGUAGAAGUUCCAAAGGAAUGCUUUCUUCUCCAGAUCUUUGCCCUAUAGGUGGUUUUGGUUGAGCAAAGAUGAAUAGUUCUCUGGUGGUUGGCCUGCUCUGUUGGGUGGAAAAAUCCUUCGCUGUUUUCAUGGUUAAAUGCUCUAUCAUAUGUCUUUUCUCUUCCCCAAGUUUCCCUGGAACCUGGGCUCCCUGAGACGCAGCGCUGGAGCAGAUGGAUAAUGGAGACUGGGGCUAUAUGAUGACUGACCCAGUCACGUUAAAUGUAGGUGGACACUUGUAUACAACGUCUCUCACUACAUUGACGCGUUACCCGGAUUCUAUGCUUGGAGCUAUGUUUGGGGGGGACUUCCCCACAGCUCGGGACCCUCAAGGCAAUUACUUCAUUGACCGAGACGGACCUCUUUUCCGAUAUGUCCUCAAUUUCUUAAGAACUUCAGAGUUGACCUUACCCCUGGAUUUUAAGGAAUUUGAUCUGCUUCGGAAAGAAGCAGAUUUUUAUCAGAUUGAGCCCCUGAUUCAGUGUCUCAAUGACCCUAAGCCUUUGUAUCCUAUGGAUACUUUUGAAGAAGUUGUGGAGUUAUCUAGUACUCGGAAGCUUUCUAAGUACUCCAAUCCAGUAGCUGUCAUCAUAACUCAAUUAACCAUCACCACCAAGGUCCAUUCCUUACUAGAAGGUAUCUCAAACUAUUUUACGAAGUGGAAUAAGCACAUGAUGGACACCAGAGAUUGCCAGGUUUCCUUUACUUUUGGACCCUGUGAUUAUCACCAGGAAGUUUCUCUCCGGGUCCAUCUGAUGGAAUACAUCACAAAACAAGGUUUCACGAUCCGCAACACCCGAGUGCAUCACAUGAGUGAGCGGGCCAAUGAGAACACAGUGGAGCACAACUGGACUUUCUGUCGGCUGGCCCGGAAGACCGAUGACUGAUCUCUAAGCCUGGGAGAAGUUCCUGGAAACUGACUCUCCAGGACAUGGAAGAGACUGAUUUUUUUUUUUUUUUUUUUUUUUUUAAUCACAGUGUGGGAAUUUUUUUUUAAUAUUUGUAUUUAUUUGAAGGCAUUGAGGACCAGAAGGAAGUUUUGUGCUUUAGCAGACUCCUCUACGUUUUGUUCCCUUUACCUUGAGUAUGCAUGUGCCUGUUCAGAGCCUCCAGAUACCUUUUUUAUAAAAAGAAGUAUGAAAAUCAUUAUGGUAUAUAAUCUACUCUUAACAGAGCUUUUUUUUUUUAUUACAGUGCUACAAUGAUUUCUGAUUAAAUGGUCCCUAACUUAACUAGAAGGCUAAAAAUGCAGGCAUGAAAGAAUAAACAGAGUACUCAUGAUGCCUUUGAGAAAAAUCAAAACAUCAUGUAGGGUGACCUAGUUUCCAAACCAAUAAGCAGUAUUGUAAUAUUAAAGGAAAACUGUUCCAAUCAUUUAAAAGUACUUGUUAAGUACUGCUUUUUACAGUUAUGACAACUGUUUCUUUCUAUGCAUAUAAAUCAAGCAACCAAAUAUCUGUAGCCAUGGAAAUGUCUGACUAGAAAUAUUUAUAUUGGAUUCUGAAUACAAAAUGUCCCUGUGGUAGAACUCUUAAUUCUAUGCCUGGUGCAGUAUAAUUCCCAAGUGUACUGUCUAUACCAGGAAAAAAAAAAAAAAAACAAAAAAAAAAACCUAAUAAAAAAUGAAAUAUGAAAACUGGUUUGUAUUUGUUGAUUAUUGUUACUUAAGGGGGGAAUA